AUGACACUCCCUCGCCUUGCUAUUCUUCUCGCCCUGACUCCAUUCUCUCGUGGCGACAUCGUUGACUGGGUCAAUGUCGACUACAUAUCCAAACAAACCAGAACCACGGCACUCGCAACUAAAGAUGCACAAAACGCGGUCGUUUCAAUGGCACGGUCAACUGCCGCUAACGGCCCUUGGACCAUGACCAAGAAUCCUCAAGGAGUCUCCCCGCCAAGCAAAGAUUCACACGAUUAUCUCAGCUGGGCUCCAUAUCACUGGCCGCAGUGUAACUGGUGUCCUGCAAAGACUUCUGGCAAGCAGGCACAGCGCGGGAUGAGCCGUCAACGUCGUCGAUCCGAAGCAGAAACUGAACAUCAAGCUCUAUUGUUUUUCUCAACUCCAACACAACUUUCUGAACUCGAAGAGGCAGCCGCAAGCAAAGGAAAAGCUCCAGCGUGUACACCAUCGCCAACGAAGCCUAUGCCCCCAAGUGCGACUUGGACUACCUGCCCUUACGAGGUCCAAGACGGCAAGGUCAAUCCGGACGUUCGAACUCUAACCGGCCCGCCCUCCAUCGUUCAUGUGUCAGAUUCUGUUUUCUACAACGCGCAUUGCUUUGCCCUGAAAGGAACUCGAUCAUGUUCUCAAGAUGCCGUUCGCUUCAUUCAAGCCUACUUCUUGACAUCCUCAACGAAAAUGAAUCCUAACGUCAACUUUGGACAAAUAGUACGCGGUCCAGGGCAAAGUGGUCAGCAAGGAGCAUUCACAGGUGUAUUGGAUAUCCGUGGAAUCGUCAAAAUCGUCAACGCCAUUCUCGUCCUCAAAAGCGCGAAAAGUCCUGAUUGGACCAACACAAUCGACAACGCAAUGACGCAAUGGCUAAGUCAAUAUGCCAAGUGGCUUCAGGCGAGCGAUAUCGGCAAGUCGGUCGCGGGAAAAGCGAAUAACCAUGUUACCUUCUAUGCUGUCCAGCUAGCGGCCGUCCUACUUGCCUCUGGUGACUCUGAUUCGGCUGCCUCGACUCUCAACUGGUACUUCCAAAACAAGUUCCGAGAACAGAUCGCAAAGAGCGGCGAGCAACCUUUCGAGGCCGUUCGAACACGACCAUUUCACUACCGAUGCUUCCAUCUUGAAGGGUUGAUAGCGGCGGCCAAACUCGGAGAUUGGUUGGGCCUCAAUUUUUGGCAAGCGACAUCGAAGUAUGGAGCUACAAUUCAGGACGCAGUCGACUUUACGAUGAGAGUGGACCCGAAAGACGAGGAUGCCACUGAAUUGCUGCCGCAUGUUGCCGCCAUCGCUGCUGUCUACGGUGAUCCCAAAGGAAGUUAUGCCAAGUUCAUGAAGAAUCUCGACUCGGGUUACCAGAAAGAGCCUGUUUGGUUCUACAACCAGCGCGAAGCGUUCACUCAAGCAUCAGGUCGAAAGGCUGGGAACACCAGAGACGCCGCCACUUGCAAUCCUACUUGCAAACCCACAGACUUGAUACCGUUUUUGCAGGAGUAUGGUUUCGAAUUGGAGAGCGGGCUUUAUGUAACGUGUGGCAUGGUUGCGCCCUACUUCUGUGCCGACGACCUACCCAGUGUAGACAGUAAUAGCACUAGCGUAGAUGGGUAA